AUGUAUAUUUUGCACAGUUAACCCAUGUUGACAUCAUCUAUACUUCUAUUUAUAGCAAUACUUCUUUUUAUUAUAAUUGUAAUAUAUAUUUUAGAUAUUAAAAUUUGAAUAUAAAAUAAUUGAAUACGAAAAAUGGAUACCACAGUCCCUCAUUAUCAAUUCUAAAUAAAAAGUUUUGGAAUAUAUAGGCAUAAAGUGAAUAUAUUGACCUAAACAUCUAAAACUGCAAAUUUUUGAAAUGUAAUUCCUUUCCAAUAAUAAAGUUUAGUACUUAAGAGAUUGAAGUAAGUUUUGGAAUUUGUUUCUAUUAAAUUAUAAAAUUAUCUUAGAAUUAAACAGUAAGAAAAAACUUUAUUUAAUUGUUGAACUAUAAUGUUAGUGAUUUAACAUUUGAUAAAUUAAUUUAUCUAAGUAAAUUUAUUUUUUGGAAAGGAUUCUUUAGAUCCUAUUCCUCAAAGCGUUGAUUUUUAAAUUGUUGGCGAAUUGUUAGAAGAAAGCUUUAUAUAUGAAAAACAUGUAGAAUUUAGGAAUCCUUUAUUUUAUUAAUGUUUAAAUGGUAAAUAGGUUGAUGAAUUAAAUGAAUAAAAUUGUAAAUAUAAAAUAGUGUUGUAUGUAACUGAUUAAAACAUAGCUCACUUAUUUUUUUGAACAAAUAAUGAUAUUGAACCAAAGUUAAUUGAAUCUGUUUCGAAGGAUAAAAUUUAUACUAUCUAAAAACCAGAAUAACAAUAAACAAAAUUAGUAAUUCAUUAAAUUCAAACUAAAAUUAAGAAUGUCCGAUUUGUACUGAACUUUAUAAUGUAAAUCAGACUAAUUUAACUCCUUGUUGUUAAAAGAAACUGCACAAACAAUGUAUUUAAGAAGAUUUAUGUUCAAAAGCAAAAGAAAAUAAGAAUUUUAAAAAUAUUAAAUGUUGUUGUAAUUGUGAAUAAUCAUUGGAAAAUAAUGAGGAAUUUAUAAGGAAAAUAUUACAAAAUAAAUUUUUGGUGAAAUCGUAAAAAACAAGUAUAAGCAAACAUUCCUCUAAAAUGCUUUUCAUGCACUCUAGUUCUUGUUUGUCCAAUUUGGAAUUUAAUGUAAACAAAAUAUGGUAAUUGCAAUCAUGUACGUAGUUUUGGUUGCUAAAAAGAAUUUUGUUUAGCCUGUUCUAUUGAUAGAGUUCCAAUAAUAAGUCAAGGCAAUCAUUACCAUAGAUUGAUUUGUCCUAAUUAUAAACCAUGGAUUGUUAAAGAUCAAAAAAAUUAUAAUACACAAGUGAGUAUUUAU